CAUGGCCGUGCCACCCUUCAGUGGGUGCCUCGUCAUGCCAGGAAAAGAAAACAAGAAAUAGGAAAGAAAAAGGGUGGGCAGGUCUAGGUGAAGUCAUCCCAAUAAAGGUUAAUAGCUGGGCGGUGACACCUUCUCACACCACUGGACAGAAAAUGCUUGCUCCCAGCUGCCUGUCACGGUACUGGGAGUAAGAGGUGACCUAUUUAUUUUUAGAAGGGGACAGUCAUAAUAACCCGGCUCCUAGCUUCAUUCAAGGCAGGCAGGUGCUUUGGACGUUUGUAAACACCUACUUUCUGAAGAAGGGAGGAGCGCUUUUUUUUUUUUUUUUUUCAAAAGGGAAAGAACUUGAAGGCUGGGGAUCUUCCCCCGGGACACUCGCUGUUGAGUGGAGAAGAAGCCAUUGUAGCACACGAGUGCUACAGCCGUGUCCACUCGGCCAUUAUUUUUAUACAGGGCAGAAAUGCCUGAAGGUGACGACUUUGGACCAGGCCAGAGCUGGGAAGUUAUCAAUUCCAAACCGGAUGAAAGACCGAGGCUCAGCCACUGUAUUGCAGAAUCAUGGAUGAAUUUCAGCUUAUUUCUUCAAGAAAUGUCUCUUUUUAAACAGCAGAGCCCCGGCAAGUUUUGUCUCCUGGUCUGCAGUGUGUGCACAUUUUUUACGGUCUUGGGAAGUUACAUUCCUGGGGUUAUACUCAGCUAUCUACUGUUAUUGUGUGCAUUUUUGUGUCCACUGUUUAAGUGUAAUGAUAUUGGACAAAAAAUAUACAGCAAAAUCAAGUCAGUUCUGCUGAAACUAGAUUUUGGAAUUGGAGAAUAUAUUAAUCAGAAGAAACGUAAGAGAUCUGAAGCAGAUAAAGAAAAAAGUCACAAAGAUGACAGUGAAUUAGACCUUUCAGCUCUUUGUCCUAAGAUUAGCCUCACGGUUGCUGCUAAAGAGUUGUCUGUGUCUGACACGGACGUAUCUGAGGUCUCCUGGACUGACAAUGGGACCUUCAACCUUUCAGAAGGAUACACUCCACAGACAGACACUUCUGAUGAUCUCGACCGGCCUAGCGAAGAAGUUUUCUCUCGAGACCUUUCCGAUUUUCCAUCUGUAGAAAAUGGCAUGGGAACAAACGAUGAAGAUGAAUUCAGCCUUGGCUUGCCCACUGAGCUCAGGAGAAAAAAGGAGCAGCUGGACAGCGGUCCCAGAGCAAGCAAAGAGAGGCAGUCCGCCGCUGGCCUCACCCUUCCGCUGAGCAGUGACCAAACCUUUCACUUGAUGCGCAACCUGGCCGGGGACGCCAUCACAGCCGCAGUGACAGCUGCCAUCAAAGAGCAGUUAGAGGGCGCCGCGAAGCAAGCACUCUCUCAGGCUGCCCCCAGCCUGGGAGACGACACAGACACUGAAGAAGGUGAUGACUUUGAACUACUUGACCAGUCAGAGCUUGAUCAAAUUGAGAGUGAAUUGGGACUUGCACAAGACCAAGAAGCAGAAGCACAGCAAAGUAAGAAGGCUUCGGGCUUCCUUUCAAAUCUACUCGGAGGAGGCCAUUAGUCUGGGAAUCAACUUGUUCAACACAGCACAGAUAAAACUACCAAAAAAUUAUAAACAAUGCAAAAAAAAAAAAAAAGAAAAAAAAGAAAAGGAAAAAAAAAUUUUUUGAACUGUGGGCUUUACUGAUUACUUCAGAUUGUUUUUCUUAUUUUCCCUUCUGCAGUGAAUUAAUUGGAUCUAUAUCAGCUGAUACUGAUAGACUGAUAUUUCCUAUAGUUAUUUUUAUGUAAUAAGCAUGGAAAUGAACUUUGUAUACACAUAUAUACAUGCUGUGUUAUCAGAGAUGAAUAUUAGAAGUUGUUUUUAAAGCAAAACACCAACUUAUUGAGAUCCUCCUACAAGUAUUCCUUAUUUUUCCUUUACAAUUAACUUUUCAGGCAUGCAAAAACUUUAUUGUAACUCACUGAAAUAUUAACAAUUCGUUGGUGAAUACAUGCGGUAUCAGCUCCUUUGUUACCGAUACUUGGAAACAGUUAAAAAAAUUUUGGUAGAUUCUGAUGUGAAAAACCAAAAAUCAUCAAGGUAUCUUCAGGUGGAGGACUUGGGAAAUAUUAGCAAAAUUAAUUUCUUAGGAGAAAAUUUUAAAAAUAUAUUUAACUACUUUGGAUAGGCUGAUACAUUUCCAUGUUAUUUCUGCAGUUAUAGACUUAGGCUUACCUAUAAAUGGCAUGCUCCAUGGACUACCAGCUCUGGUCUUGCAAAUGGGUGGUAUUAACCCAUCGAAAGCAAGUAAUUAUAUAUCACAUAGACAGUGGUUUUGAUGUAAACAGAGGUUGGGCUGUGUUUUGUUGUUCAACUGUCAUAUAUUUGUAAUAGAGAUGUUAUGAAGUGCAGAUAUGUUCUGCCUGCUCAGACCUAAGUUACACCCUCAUCUUUCAUAUUAUGUCAUAGAAAAAGUCUCUUAAAAUUGUGAAAUUAGUUCCUGAUACGUUCUAUGAGUGGCGUUGUCAUCAGCGGUAGAGAGACAAGAACUGUUUUCGUAGUCUGUCUUAGAGUCUCCUAAAGGAGAGAAAUUUGCUUGGCUUUAAGGUGUAUUUAUUUGCUAUUGAAGUCUAAAUAUGUAACCUGUUUCUCAUUGGGAAGCUAGAAUAUAUUCUUCCUUUAUUUUAAACUUUUUUAGAUCACCUUUAAAUAACCAAAUUUGACUUAGGCUUUUAACAAAACACUUAGCAGAAAUCAAGCUAAUUUUGUUUUUGUGAUACAAACUUUUAAUAGUGUCGAGGGACCAUGUCAGCCAACUACCAACAAUCCCUUCAGUCUUCAGGUACAGCUGGCAUUUCUACAGACGCAUGCAGACAUCUGAGACCCUCAGAAAGGAAGGAAAUCUGUGGUCUCUUCCCUUCGUUUUACCCUUUUCUUAUAUUUCUAAAGACUGUAGGUAGUCUUAUGUUUUAAUGUAGCAUCUCUUAUUUAUUUUUUCUUUCUGAGGUAUUAAAAUAUCUAGACUGAAUUUUGCCAAAUGUUAAAGGGAGAAAAGUUACUGAGGACUUUGAACACUUGCUUUUUGUGAUUGACUAUGCUUAUAUGUCAUCAGUGCCUCAUGACUGUGUUUGAUGUCCUUUAUUGAUACAAAGUGAGCCUGUGCCUUCAUUAUCUUGCCCAUUUUGGUACAAAUGAAAACCUGGUGUUAGAUCAAUGAACUGUGUGGGUUAGGGAGGAAUAUACCUGAAUUCUAUUCAAUACAAGUUUCUGGACACAAAGAAAAAUACAGUCACAUAUUUAUAAAAUAGUUGUCACCAGGAUUCUUCUUUUUUAAAUUUUUAAUGUGCAUGUUUCUGCAUUUAAAAAGCAUCUGUGGCCAUUAAGUCAAAAAAGUGUACAGGUCAUUUCAAUUUCUUCACUGAGGGGAACACAAGAAGAUUGAUCCAAGUAAUUAAAACGUGUUAAAAGUCACUGGACAAGCUUGCAAGAAGAUAAACUCAAGAGUUGGUGGUAUAAGCCAUAAAGAUAUUAAAAGGGGUUUGGGGAUGGCAAGGUUGGUAGGGUAGAAAAAUGUGUAACACUUUUGAGAAGACAUACUAGCUCUCUAUGGAGAGUAGCAUUAUAACCAUACGUGUACUUCAAUAUUAUUUAUUCAAGAACAUAAGUGAUUACAGACUCACACAAUUGAUACUCUUUGAUAAUGGUACUCUUAAUUCAGACAAACGGAUGUUGAAGGUGUGUGUGUGUGUGUGUGUGUGUGUGUGUGUGUGUGUGUGUGUUGGGGGAUAUAUUUCUGAUUUCAAGAUAUAGUAACAAUAAACCCUGGUGACCGAUCCAGUACCCUGGGAACUAUUUAUCCCUUAUCAUGAGGAUUUCUGCAUUCAUUAAAAGGUGAAACGUGGAUUUUUUUUAUUAUUAUCGUAAAGGAAUUGUAGAAAAAUGCUUUGCUCUCUUCCUAUAGAAAAUGAUGAGCAAAACCGGACAAUGGGAAGAACACACACCGAUCAUGCAUUUUGACCUAAAACGAUAAAGCAGGGCUCAGAAGUUCAAGCUUGCUUUGGAAGGUCAAUCCAGGCCUAAAACAGUGUUUAUACUCUCAUUCUGGAUCAUCGUUGCUUUUUCUUACCCUAAAAAUCUUCAAAUGUGAUUUUUAAAAACUGUCCCCCUUCUAGUGUGGCAGAAUAUUAGGAAAAGAAACAUUUAUAAGGCUUUGCAAUUAGCAAACAUCCUCAACAUAUUUAGGCAUAUCACUCAUAUAUUUGAAGUAAGUGCAACUUUUUUCCUUUUAAAAAAAUGGCAAAUGCCAGUGUACUAGCGAUUUUAGGCAAGAAGCAAAUCUACAGUCAAGAAAAAAAAAGUGACUUAAACGUUUUCCUUUUCUGUUUAUAAUUUUGGUUGAUGUAGUUCUUUACAUCACUCCAGCUAUAUUCGUUACAAGAUAGGAAAUUAUUCUGAAAACACUUACUGUUUUCAUAGGUCAUUUGAGUCAUGAUGAAGCUAGAAGGUCUCAGAACUAUAUUUUUGUGUAUUAUUCCUCCAUUUCCAUUGCAGCAUUUAAGGUGGGAUGAGAGGUCAUUAAUAAAAUUAGGAAGCAAACUAUUCUGUCAUACAGGGAUGUUUUUAGAAUAAAUGGAAAAACGUCUGAAGCAUUUUCAGGGGAGAAAAAGGCUAUAUAAAACCAAGACAGUGAAGUUUUUUCCUGCCUGUGUUUCAACUUCGCCAUCUUUUCAAACAUUAAAACAAAGUCAAUCAAUAAGUAUCUGCUUAUAAGAAAACUCUAAAGUUAUUUCAGUGGGACUGGCACUAUAUUGGCCUCGUAAUCCAAUAAAUGCUAUGGAAUAAAAAGAUGAAAAG